UUAUGUACAGGUGGACAUAUAAAUAGAUAGAGAUUAUUAUUAUUACCGACUCCUAAAUAUAUAGAUAGAUAGAUACAUGGAUAGACAAAAAUUAUCAUCACUCUUAUUAAUGGUGACACUUCACACAGGCCCCAGAGAACAGAUCAACCAAGUGACAUCCUUCAUUGAUGGGUCGGUAAUCUACGGGUCCAGCAAGGAGGAGAGUGACGAGCUGCGUGCCUUCUCUGGCGGCCUCCUCAAGGUGCAGCGCGGCCCGGCAAACACCCAGAUCCUCAUGGCCGACACCAACCAGAUUGACUGCAAGACCUCAGGAAGAUUCAAGAGGAGAAGGUGAAAGAGCGUCCCAUCACAGACACCUUCUAUGCUCCCUUCGACCUUUACGAGCCCAACAAGUUUGACCAGGUUUGACCAGUAACCUGUUUUUCUUUUUUUUUUGUUCCC